AGGACCACAAUUAUUCUACUCUGGUGCACAUUAUGCUAUUUCAUCAUUCAUCAUACCUGGUGGACCUCAUCUAGAGUAUGCUGAUUAAGUAUGGAAAACGCAGAAGAGGAGAUACUGAAGCCAUUGAAAAUAUACAUGUGUAUAAAACAAAGAAGGCAGGAACGAAAGUGUCCAGGCAGCGUCCCACACAGCAGAAUAUGAGGCGACCACGCCACGAAUCAGCAUGACUUGCAAAAAAAAAAAAAAAAAAAAGUAACGGAAAAAUUCUGGUCGUGAAACAUCGAGUGACAGUCUAGGACAUAUCGUGGUAGUAAUAUUGCAUUGAUCCAAAAUCACUAAAAAAAAGCACAUUUUUUUUUCGCGAUUCAUCGUCAAAGAAAACCGAUACAAACCUAUCAUAUCGUUAUCGAGUCUUGGACACUAAAAUAAAUGCGGUUAACCACAGAAGGAACACGUGGUCUUUCAUCACGACAAACACGAAUGUAAAUCGAUAAUGAUACGAAUCACACAAAUAACAGGCCGAUUGUUGCCCGACAACCACGAGUGCGGUACGAUAACCUCGACCGCGUCCCGAUUCUUCGUGCUGAUUAGAUCAACAGUUUUAAAAGGUCCCUGACAGAGUAUCUACGCACUUCACCAAGUACUACCACAGCUACGCCAACAAUCCUCUCCGAAGACAAGGCAGUAUCCUGGGCAACGGCAGGAAGAUAUUAACCAAGAAGAGGCAACCUGAGGCCGCACCAGUCGACAUGUUCACUGACGAGGAAGAGGAGUCAACAGACGACGACGGCAGGGGAGUAGAGGAGCCAGAGGAGCGGAACGUGAUUGAAUGCAGCCCUGAUUUUUACGAGCCCACCCAACCACUGAACCGCAGGAGCGGCAGGACUGUGGCCAGGCAGAGAGAAGACCCCCUGGAAUUUGACGACUCAACGCAGCUAGACCCCCAGGACUUCGAAAGGACAGACUCAGCUCCUCGUGAGAACCGCAACAAGAGGAAGAGAACAUACCACAUAAUCCCCGCGGAUAAGGAGGAGUCGGUGGUGGAGUGGUACAGAGACCAUGAGUUCCUGUACAACAAAAAGAUGCGCGCCUACAGGGACCGGGACCUGAAGGCGAAGGCGUGGGAGGACAAAGGCCGGAGUCUGAAUGUGAAGGUCUCGACCCUGCAGACAUGGAUUACCAACAUGCGCACUAGGUACGCCAAGCUGGUGCAGACCAAGUCAGGCCAGGGGACGAGGGAGCUCACCGAGAGGGACACCUGGAUCAAGGAGUCCUUCAACUUCUUAUUGCCCCACAUCGUCAGGUGCACAACUCGAACGAGCAGGAAAAGCGCUGGCUGCGUGGAACCUCAGACGUCCCAGCUGGAGUCUCAGCCGGCGGGAGGUGUCGGUGACGAGGACGAGUUCGACGCCGCUUCUUCACAGCCCCGCUGUUUUCCUCCUUCAGGGUCUUCGAUCACGUCACGGGAGAAGGAACUGUUGGAUAAGCUCACCCAGGCAGAGGAGAGGCAGCGGCAACUCAUGCAGGCGUGGACAGCGAAAAAGGACGAGGUUCCCGUGGCCGUCCAAAUGAUAAAAGACGUCCACCAACUUGUUUCCACGACUCUUGGAGACAUCGGUGUCCCUCUCGCUACCGUAUACGUGUCGGACACCGUUAAAUAUAUGUUGGCUUUGUGUGCUUACCAGAACAACACCGGACCGAUGCCACGGGUGGUGGUGGACGAAUCCUCCAGCUCGGGACAAGGAACAUCAUCACAGGUGUACGAGACGAUGCUGCCACCGGGUGACUUCCCACGCCCCAACCCGCCACCGUCUGCUCCCGCCACGGUGAAGACUGAGUGUGAGGAAGUGUUCUUUCCCGUGAAGAAUGGUGGACAAUCCCAUCCAAAUUAUAUCAUAUCUGAAAAUGUUAAUUUCUGAAACAAAACUACGGUAGAUGAGUUUUUCAAAGAACAAGAUCACAAUUUAACUAUAGGGGAAAAUUGUCCACCACACGUUAUCAACAAAAUACAAUGAAUUUGGAA